UAUAUAAUUGCCGACUGCUACAAAACGGCGCUCUGUGCAGAGAGCUUUUUUACUUGGCGCCUUAUUUGUUUGAAGUGAGAUUUAUUUUACCGCCGUCAAACUUCCUUAUACACCGGUAUAAUGUGGAAAUUCUGUUUGGCCGUGAUUGUCGUGGCCGGGCUCAUCGCCAGCUCGGAAGCGCUCUUCAGCGGCAGCAAGCACUGCACAUGGCACGGUACGGCGCCCUUCUGCAUGCCGUCCUGCCCACGUGACAAGAAGAUCAUCCAGGGCACGCAGUCCAAGUGCGGACCCAACACCAUCACCUGCUGUCUAACCGGCCAGAAGCUGGUCUGCUGUCCCAAGGAGUGGGAGGGCAACGCGGCCAACGCCAUGGCCAUCGCCAAGACAUAAAUCGAUGUCUCCUGGAAUUAGCGGAUUAAAUAUAUACAGUCAGAUGCCUACGACGUUCGAUGUAUUCGAAAAUAAUAAGAUUUUAAUUGCAUGCCUUUACUAGACGCUACUCUAGUGAUGCAUCGGUACAUUCAUUAGAAUGCCUGUUCUUAUAAAUUACCGGAAGUAUGCGUAACACCGGUAUACCGGUAUGGUUUUGCUACAGUGCCAAGUGCUAUUAAAGCCGCAGGUUAAUUAAA